AUGAUGAUGGGGGGAGGAGUCACUGACUGGAAAUACACAUGGUACAAGAAUGGUAAUUCGGACUCCUCCACUAAGAAGAAUAAACAUGAGAUCAGUGAUGCUAAGAUUUCUGACAGUGGUGACUACAUUUGUCUGGGUACACAUAUUGAUGAGCAGCACCAUUCUGAGUGGAGUGAUGUAGUCACACUGACAGUGACAGCUCUGCCCAAAGCUACACUGACAGCAGAGCCAAACCCUGUGUACCCUGAAGAGACAGUUACUCUGACGUGUUCAGUAGGGUCUGACAGUAGCUGGAGCUAUCAGUGGUACAAAGACAGGAAUGAUAAUGUAGUAUCCCAGUCUGGCAGACACACUAUAACAGGAGACACCCUCACCAUCAGAAGAGUUGCUAAGUCUGACCAGGGUCAGUUCUGGUGUCAGGGAGAGAUCCAGUCCAGAUCCAUAAAAUCAAUCAUCGGUGAUCCUGUCAGAGUCACCCUGAAUACUCUGCCCACGUCCUCAGUGAAGAUAGUCACUCCUCAGGGUCUCGUCUACACUGGAGAGACAGUCACUCUGCAGUGUGACAUAUCAGACUACACAGGCUGGACGUACAGCUGGUUCAGAGACAACCAAGAGCUUCCCAUUCAGACCAGAAAAAACUACAUCUCUCUCCCUGACCAGGCUGGUCAGUACAAUUGUUUUGGGACAAGGAGAGGUCGGCCCCAGAAGUCAUAUCUCAGCUCAGCUCUCCCCAUCAUCAUCACUGCUCUUCCCAAAGCUACACUGACUGUAAACCCCAACCCUGUGUUCCCUGGAGAGACAGUUACUCUGACGUGUUCAACACGGUCUUAUAGUAGAUGGAGAUAUAUGUGGUACAAAGACAGGAAUUAUAAUGUAUUUUCCCAGUCUGUCAGACACACUAUAACAGGAGACACCCUCACCAUCAGUAGUGUUGCUGAGUCUGACCAGGGUCUCUACUGGUGUCAGGGAGAGAUCCGGUCCAGAUCCAUAUCAUCAAUCAUCAGUGAUCCUGUCACUAUCACCCUGAAUGCUCUGCCCAAAGCUACACUGACUGUAAAGCCAAACCCUGCAUACACUGGAGAGAAAGUGACUCUGACGUGUUCAACAGAGUCUCACAGUGACUGGAGCUAUCAGUGGUUCAAAGACAGGAAUGAUAAUGUAGUAUCCCAGUCUGUCAGACACACUAUAACAGGAGACACCCUCAUCAUCAGUAGAGCUGGUGUGUCUGACCAGGGUCAGUACUGGUGUGAAGGGAACAGAGUGUCUAGACCCACAUCUUCACUAACAAGUGAUCCUGUCACUCUCACUGUUAAAGAUAGUCGUCCGACGGCUACACUGAGUUUAGACCAAGCGAACGUAUUCACAGGAGACAGUGUGACACUGACCUGUACAGUAGAGUCUUAUGGAUGGGAGUUUUACUGGUACAGACACAGACCAGACUCUACACCAAGAGACCUGUUGCUGUUCUGA